ACAGCGGAGCGUCUCUUCUCUCCCAUCAGCAUCACGGGGUCUAAUCGCUCUUUCUCCAUCACCGAGGCGUAGGAGGAGGCGUCUGUCAAACCUGUGGAGCGUCUGUCUGUCUCUCUCUCUGUCUGUCUGUGUCCGUCUGUCUGUUCGGAAGGCACUACACACACGCCGUCUUUUAGAGUAGGCUGGUUGUAGUUUGGAGACAAUAAACCGGUUUUACUGCCCUUUGAGGGAAUCUCCACUGUCAUCCCGGAAGACUCAUCUCAUUCUCGCCUUAAAGGAAGUUGAAGCGAACAGCUGUGCGUGCGUGUUUAUUUGGGAGCCAAUCAAGCAGCCAUGGACACGUUAUUGAAGGGUUUAUCUAAAGCCAAGGAUGGGGUCGUGGCGGCGGCGGAGAAAACCAAGCAGGGAGUGACUGGAGCAGCUGAGAUGACGAAAGACGGGGUUAUGUUUGUCGGUACCAAAACAAAGGAUGGAGUCACAACAGCUGUGUCUGGAGUGUCUCAGGUGGGUGGAGCCAUGGUUACCGGGGUUACCGCUGUGGCCCACAAAACUGUGGAGGGUGCAGGAAACAUUGCUGCUGCCACUGGAUUGGUCAAGAAGGAUCCAGCCAAACAAAGCGAUGAAUCCUCAGCAGUCCAGGACAUGGCAGAGUCACCGAUGGAUACUGACCUUGCUGAUGCUACCGAGGACGACGAUGAUAACUGAUACAGAGCUUCACAAUAAAAGAGCAAAGAACCAACCGAAACAUUCCAUGUCGCUCUGCCAAGUCCCGUUGUGCCUCGUUUUUUGGUCCUUUAUGGAGUCUGUGCCCAACGUCUGUGUGUGUGUGUGUGUGUGUGUUUCUGUUUGUGUUGUUGCGUAUGUCUGUACAGCAGUAUAUGUGUAAUGUUGUGGAGAAAGAGUGAUGCUGUGAAAGUGUGAGUGUGUGUGCCUUUUAACACAUCAGUCCUGGGAGUGACCAGCUGUUAUUUACAGUGAGUAAAUGUCACUCUGUGUGUGUGUGUGUGUGUGUGUGUGUGUGUGUGUGUGUGUGUGUCUAUAUGUACGUUUUCUGUCAACUGUGUGAUGUUAAUAACUCAAACAUGGAAAUAUACCACUUCAAGCACCUAAGUGUCUCUAUAUAAAUGAACAAUUUACAGUGAUCUGUUUGAAAUGGAAGCGUAAUGAUAUUCUCUAUUUUUGUCUGUAUACUGUCACUGUUUUUUGCGGUGGACUAUAUAAAGUGCUGAGCUAUUUGUGCAUUCAUGUUGUAAUCUUUUAAGUUAUCACUGCUGUAACAAAUAUAUCGCAUAUUGAAUGGACUUUUGAAAACCAAGAGCAUGUAAAACUACUCAGCUUGACCGCAGUGAUGGGAAUUAAUUUGGAAUUAAGUGUUGAAUAAAAUGUGUAAAAAAAGAAA